AUGGCGGAACCAGAGGGUCUCUUCUUCUUCCGAGCCCUCGACUCUCUCUUCCUCUCUGGGUCUUCCCCUUCUUUCCUGGGAUUGUCUGCUCUUGCUUUUGCUUCUAUACUUGGUGGGGUGAUGCUAGGGAGAUUGUUUGUUCUGCUUCUAGAUCCAUUUCUGGGAGGUUCAAGAUCAAUGGUUAGCUUUGAAGAUGUCAGCGAGGGAAAACGAUCAGAAAAAUCUUUCUUCCGCUCAUUUGAUCAUGAAGAGAAUGGAGACGAGGAGCUAGAUGAAUACUUCCAUCAACCUGAAAAGAAAAGGCGGCUCACGCCUGAUCAAGUGCAAUUUCUAGAGAGGAGUUUCGAGGUGGAGAACAAGCUUGAACCUGAACGAAAAAUUCAGCUGGCAAAGGAGCUUGGCCUGCAACCUAGACAGGUCGCCAUAUGGUUCCAAAACCGCAGGGCAAGAUGGAAGACAAAGCAGCUUGAGAAGGAUUACGAGGCACUGCAAUCUAGCUUCAACAAGCUGCUUCUCAAACAGACCGAGAAGGGAAGCUCAGAAUCAUCAAACACCAACCAACAAUCCCAAGCACCACUGAAUGCACCAAUUGCUGAUUCGGGUUCUGAGGGUGAAGUGUCCAAAAUUUCAAUCCAGGCUUGCAAGCAGGAAGAUCUUAGCUCUACCAAAAGUGAUGUGCUUGAUUCAGAGAGCCCCUGUUACAUCGAUGGGGAUCAUUCCUCUUUCCUAGAGCCAGGUGAUUCUUCAUACGUCUUUGAGCCCGACCAGUCGGAUCUAUCUCAAGACGAGGAAGAUAACUUGAGCAAGAGCCUCAUGCAUCCUCCAACCUACGUGUUUCCGAAGAUUGAAGAUGUUGAUUACCCCAACCCCUCUGCAAAUUCCGGCUGCUUCGGAUUCCCUGUCGAAGAUCAAACCUUUGGGUUUUGGUCUUACUAG